AUGGAUUCCACAUCUCUGUUACCAAUGUUUUUAGACAUGGAUCUGACAAUAUCACAUAUAGAAUGUUUUCCUAAGGACGUUCUAGUGAAAUUUCAAGGCAGAAAUAAUGCUGAAUGUGAGUUUGACUACCACAUAUUACAGAGGGAAAUUCAGCAUAUUCCAAAAGUAAAAGCUAAUGUGGACAUUGAUGAAUUUUGUUUGGUGGAAGAAAGAGUAUCUGGAGAAUGGCAGAGAGGAAGAGUCAUGGAAAAGAAAAAUGAACUCUAUACAGUGCUCCUCAUAGAUCACGGAGAAGAACUAAAAGUUGAUAGUACACAGGUUGCUUCAGCCUGUGGCAACUUAUUUGAGCUACCACCACGGGUAAUAUUUGGUAUUUUUGCCAACAUACUACCAAAUGGGGAAAGAUGGCCUCUUAAAGCUUUGAAUUAUUUUAAGUCAUUAGUUGGACUACAAGUGAAAGGUUGUGUGCAAGCUGUGUUGCCUCUUCAAAGGACUCUUCUAGAAGUACCAAAAAUUAUAUCCCAGGUUCUUGAGUUACAAUUAGGCAGACUUAUUGAUGGGGAUUCAUUUCGUCUUAUUGUGGAAAUGUUAAAAGAAUUCCCACAAGAAAUGCCCGAUUUACUACAACAUAGAAGACCUGAAUUGUUAAGUAAGAAUGAUCCUCCAGUUGAUGUUCAACAUGUUCUGGAUAAUUUGCAGCCAUCUUUGUCAGUAGGCAGUAUUGAAAGUAUAAAGGUAUCCUCUGCAUUGAGCCCAAGUAAAUUUUAUUGUCAACUAAUUAAAUGGAUUCCAGAGUUAGAAAAUUUAACAGCGUGUAUGACUUUGCAUUAUGAUGCUACCGGUCAAGUAAGUAGUCCCACAUGUGAUAACUUUGGACUACUUUGUGUUGCCAAAAGAAGAAAUGGACAGUGGUAUAGAGGAAUUCUUCAGCAGCUCUUGCCCAAUAAUCAGGUGAAAAUUUGGUUCAUGGAUUAUGGCAGUACUGAGGCUAUACCUUCAAUCCACGUAAAGAAACUUAAACAGGAUUUUAUUUUAGUACCAUUAUUUUCAUUUCCAUGUUCUCUGACAUAUUUAAACAGUCCAGAUAGAGAUGCCAGAAAAUCUCAAUUGAGUGUAUUUAAACAAGCCUUGUUAGGACAAACAGUAUAUGCACACAUCGAUUGGUUCAAUAAAGAUGAACAUUUGUUUUAUGUAACACUACAAACUCAGGAGUCUACAAUUAAUUCUAAGUGUCUGCUGAAGACUAUAGGCACACAAGUAAUCUGUCCAGUGUCUGAAUCAAAAAUUUCUAGUAUGUUUAAAGAGAAUAGUGCUGCUGAUGUAAAUGGCUUUGCAGUUGAGUGUUUUGUUGGAAAUACUGAAUUGUCAAUAGACUAUCUAAAUAAAAACUCUUUGAAAGUAGGUUUUCCUAUUAAAACUGUAGAGAUGGAGAUAGAGGCUGCCUAUAUAGCUUUUGUAGUAUAUGUAUUAAACCCAUCAAAUUUCUGGGUACGUACUAAUGAACAUCAGAAUGAACUUCAAGAUAUAAUGAAAAAUAUAAACAAAUUUUAUGAUUUGUGUGAAAAUAGUGAACUGAUUCUAAGAAAUCCAGAACCUGGAUUAUUUUGUUGUGCUAGAUACAGCAAGGAUGGACAUUUUUACAGAGCUGUCAUCACUGAAAUUAAUGGCUGUAAGAUUAAUGUUUAUUUUUUAGAUUAUGGAAAUACUGAUUCCAUACCAUUUUUUGAUGUAAAAGUUUUGCUUCCAGAGUUUUGUGAGUUGCCUGCCUUAGCCAUGUGCUGUUCACUUGCACAUAUAUUUCCUAUUGAAGAUUUAUGGGUGAAGGCAGCAAUUGACUAUUUUAAAAAAAUUGUCUUGAACAAAGAAAUUUUGCUGCAGGUUCUAGCAAAAAAAGAUGACAAAUACAUUGUAAAUAUUCAGAGUAUUGAAGCCUCAGAAAUUAUUGAUGUUGUCCCUCUUAUGUUACAAGCUGGAUAUGCAGAAUAUUGGGAAGUAGAGCCAGAGUGUUAUCCCAAAUCUGCAAGUGAAUAUUCAGUGUUAAAUUUAAAAUUUAAAAACAAAGUUAAUAUUAAAGUCCUAUCUGCCUUUCUUGAAAGACCUAAACUUUACCAUUCAAAUAAGCUAAAAGAAAGUAGCUUGUCUUUGGUAAAAACCCCAGCUGUUAAUUUCUCAGACUUAAAAAAUCCUUUCACCUUGUCUGUGGGGACUGAGUCACCACGACCUUAUAAAGAAUAUAUGUUUAAACCAGGAACAGUCCUUGAAGUUAAGUGUUCUUCUUAUUGUGGCCCAGGUGACUUCUCAUGCCAGCUUCAAUGUAAGUUAGAAGACCUAAAAUUACUAAUGGAACAAAUUCAGAAUUACUAUAGCAUUCAUUCAGAUUCUUAUCAGAUUGGGCAGAUUGCUUGUGUUGCUAAGUAUUCCAAAGAUGGGAAGUGGUAUAGAGCUGCUGUUUUGACUCGAGUAUCACGAAAAGAAUUUGACAUAGUGUUUGUUGAUUAUGGUUACCAGCAAAGAGUUUUAAUUAAAGAUCUUUGUGCUAUUAACCCACAUUUUCUUAUGUUAGAAAGCCAAGCCUUCAGAUGUAGUCUUAAUCAUUUAGUUGAACCCAUUAGUUGUAAAUCAUUCAGUUGGACAAGAGAAGCAUGCAGAGACUUUGGGAAUUUUAUUUCUUCAUCUAAAGGAUUGACUUGCACCAUUUAUGCCUUAGUUCUUACACAUCCAAACUCUUUAUGUCACUUAGUGGAUUUGCAAUCUCCACUUACUAGUGCGAAAGAAUUUCUUAUGAAUCAUGGCUCUGCACAGUAUACUACAUUAUCAAAGCCAUUCCCAUCUUCAGUUAGUCUUUACAGUUACUGUUAUUCUUCCUUUAACAUAAAAAUUGGAAGUGAGGAAGAAAUAUACAUAUCUCACAUAUAUAGUCCCAGAAGGUUUUAUUGCCAACUUAGUAGAAAUAAUAAAGACCUGGAGAUGAUAGAAACAAAAAUCACAGAGAUUAGUAAUCUCAAAAAUUGUCCAAAAUAUGAUCCUAGUAAAAUGAGACUGUGCAUAUCUAAGUAUGUAGAGGAUGGUCUCUUUUAUCGAGCUUUAACAAUGCCAACAGAUUCAUUAACUGACUUUCUGGUCUAUUUUGUGGACUUUGGAAAUAAGCAAUUAGUAGAAGGAAGUACAUUGAAGGCUAUUUCAGAUCAGUUUCCAGAGUUGCUGUUCACACCUAUGCAAGCUAUUAAGUGUUUUUUGUCAGAUCUUAGAGAUGUAGAUGUUCCAGCAGAAAUCAAUAGCUGGUUUAAAGAUAAUUUUUUGGGAAAACGAUUAAGGGCAAUAAUAUUGUCCAGGGAGUCAGAUGGCCAGCUUGGUGUAGAAUUAUAUGAUGGAUAUCAACAUAUAAAUCAGAAAAUUAAAAUGUUGCUUCAUGCUUAUGGAAAAAAACAUUGUGAUCAAGCACGCUGUGUGGAAAAGGGUCAUAAAAUAAGUGAGAAUAAGAGACUUACUAUUUCUUUGAAAGGCAAAACAGAAAACCACUAUCCCAAUAAUAUAAAUAAGACUCAUGUAACAUAUUCUGAAAGCAAAACAGAUCAGUUAAUGAAUCCCAGAAGUACAUAUGCCAAGCUUUUGAAACCAUCGGCCUGUUUUAAAAUUGAACCUGUGUCAAAAAACAAAGUGAAGUCUUUGAGUGAUGGAUUCAAAAAUAAAGGUGUAAAAAUUGUCCCUGGAUCUGCACAUACUCUUGAUGAAAAUGAUGUGGGCCAGAAAUCAGUAAGGGUUGUAUCACCAUCUUUUAUCCAAGAAUUAAAUCAAGCAGACUUUCAAAACCCAUAUAAUCUUACUAGACCACAGAUCAAGGAUCUUCCUCAACCCAAAAUUUACUUGAAUGCCAAAGUUAAAGGAUAUGUUUCUAGUGUCAGUAAUCCAGCAAGUUUCCAUAUUCAGCUUGUUGAUAAUGAAAAUGUAAUCAUCAGACUUGCAGAUGCUCUAAAUGAAAGAAGAACAAAGAUAGUGAAAGAGAGAAAAUCAGUUAAGCCUGUGGUGGGAGACCUUGUAGUUGCCGAAUACUCUGGUGACCAUGCCAUUUACAGAGCAGUCAUUAAGAAAAAUUUGCCAGGAAAUUCUUUUGAAGUGGAAUUUAUUGACUAUGGUAACACUGCGGUAAUAAGCACAUCAAAAAUUUAUGAAUUUCAGAGGGAAUUUUUAACAAUUCCUCAGCUAGGAAUCCAUUCUUUUCUUAGUGGAGUCAAGUGGAAUGAGCCUGAUGAAAUAUGGGACAGUAAAACUGUGGAUUAUUUUGCAUCAAGAGUAAGUAACAAAACAGUUGCAUGUGAAUUUUUGAAAAAGCAUGAGCAGAAAUGGGAAGUAAAUAUCAUUUGUGAUGGAACAUCUGUUAUUAAUGAACUACUGAAAUGGACAGCAUGUUCAAAACUUCAGCAAACAGGAUUGCAGAUGCCAGUGGUUUUCUCUCAAAAAGUGAGUUCUGGUGAGGAUAAUGAAAUUAAGAAAGGAAGAUCAAAUGAAUAUGAAGGUUCUAUGAUCCUUCAACCACCCUACCAACAGCUGGGUAAUAUUCCUUUUGAAGAGUUAAAACCUGGCCAACUGGAAAAGGCUGAAAUACUUUAUGUCUCAAAAAGUGGGACAUUUUAUGUGAAGUUAUCAAAAAAUAAAAAAAUCUUAUCAGAUUUAACAGUAUUAAUCACUAAAGAAGUAAAAAAACCUUUAUCAAUGGGAACUAUUAAAAAAGGCCUAGAGUGCUUGGCAAAAUCUAAAAAAACCUUGAAAUGGUAUCGAUCAAAAGUAGAAAAGUGUGUUGAUGAUAAAGUGCUUGUUUUUUUAGUAGAUCGUGGUAGGUAUGAAAUAGUACCUUUAGGUAAUACCAAGGUGCUUAGUAAUGAAAUAAGAAAUAUUCCAAGACAAGCUGUGGCUUGUAAAUGGAUUUGGUUUGAAAAUUUUAGAAACAGGUCUUUUGAGUCUAUUGUGUGUUUAUUUGGUCAUCUGGAAAUAAAUAUUCUUUUCCUGAAAUAUUUAGACUCUGUGUGGGAAGUAGACAUUUUGGUAGAUGGCCUGUUACUUUUUGAAUAUUUAAAUUUAAAUACAGUUCGUGUUGAAAACAAACUUAGAUCUUCAGAAACGAUUUUUAAUACGGAAUCUAAGUCUCCUGUGUCAUGUACAAUAAGAUCAUAUACUUGGGCCCAACUCCAAAAUGGAAAGCGGUAUUCUGGUAUUGCCACUGCUAUUUCUGAUCCAUCAGAUUUCUGUGUUCAGUUAGAAGAUUUCUUUGACACAAUGAAAUCUCUCUUUGUGUUGCUUUCUGAUCUACCAGAAAACUUACAAACAGUGCCUCAAGAGUGCAUAUUUCCUGGUGCUAGUUGUUUGUUCAAAUAUGAACUGGAAGAUCAGUGGAAUCGAGUAGAAAUUUCUGAAGUCUCUAAUCAGUCUUUACUACUUGUGUUGAUCGACUAUGGAUUUUCUGUUUACAUACCUUAUUCAGAUACAAAAAAUCUCAAAGUUGUUCCUGUGGAACUUCUGAAUUUACCAAGGUUAAGUUAUCCUUGUAUCUUAGGUGGUAUCUUACCUGCUAAGGGGAAGCAUUGGAGUGAAGAAGCCAAAAGCUUUUUUCAAGAUCAGCUAAGUAAACCAGGCUUAGUUUUUCAGUUGAGGAGGUAUAAUUUUGAAACAAAACUGGAAGUAGAUGUCAUUCAUGAGAAAAACAGUUUGGCAGAUAUAUUGGUUGUAUCUGGUUUUGCAGUAUAUUCUAAAGAUUCAGAUCAUCUUAAUGAUGGAGUUAGUACUAGUGGAUCUACUGAAAUCCAGUAUCAAUUACAGAGUAAGCCUGUUUUCCCAUUGUUAGAUCAAAAUUGCUACAAAAGAGAAAAUACAAGCUGUAUAUGCACUGAGAAACAAAAACUAAAAGAGAAAACCAUAAAGAAAGAGGUCUAUAAGAACUUGAGGAAAAGCAAUAUCAGUAUGCGAUUAUAUUCUAGAAAUUUAACUCUGAGGAAGGCUGACAUUGGAAAACAUAAUCCCCGAAGUACCAUCACAUUUGAUACAUGUACAGCAGCUUCAUUUUGGGAACUACUGAAUGAUUUGAAGAAUAACACUAAUUUCAUUGAAAACAUUUUUGAAAAACUACCAACUGAAGAAAUACAAGAAAAUAACACAGUGGAUUUGAGAACAAGGAUAAAAGCACUGUGUGUUAAUGAAAAAAUUAUAUCUGAGGAACACUUAAAAGUGAAGGGAGAUGAAAGCUCAGAUCCUCUAUGUAUCAGUCUGGCAACAAAUAAUACAUAGGAUACCGAAUAAUUACUG